CGCAGAGAGGUGCAGAGUUUCGAGAUCAACUGUGUGUGUGUGUGUGUCUUUCUGGUGGUUCGCUGAGGAUUCUCCGACUAGAUUCUUGGACACGCUCGCCGGAGAAACGAUGAACGGGACGAUGGCGAUGAUACCGACGUCACAGAACAAUACGGAACCGCCGAACAAGAAGGCCAAGCUGGAAGAUGUUACAGCGGAGAGACGGUACAGAAUCCGUGGCCUACGACUGAGCUGUGAUCAUGAGCGUGCGCCAAACAAAGAAAGAGAGAUCUCUACAUUCAGUUGAACAGAACAAAUCAGAGUUAUUGCAAACUCCUACCGAUAUCUGCAUCUAUUGUCGAGUACCAAAUACGAUGCAUACUUUAGAUAGAUUUGAGUGCGUCGCCUCAAUCUCGGAUAAUUUGCGCACAACCGUCAUUGCUCAGCCCAUGAAACACGGAAAUGCAACAGAGUUCUUAUCAGGCCCCAUAUAUGAUCUCAAUCAGAUAGGUCAGGUCGUUGCUGGACCUGGCGCUAAAUAUCUGACAUUGCCUGGAAUAUUAGGAGCUGGUCUACCGAAAAUCACAUCCGAACAGCAGGAUACGGUAAAUAGAGCGAAGAAGUAUGCAAUGGAACAGAGCAUCAAAAUGGUCCUCAUGAAACAAACACUGGCCCAUCAACAGCAGCAAAUGGCUAGUCAACGGAAUCAAGUGCAAAGACAGCAGGCUCUCGCUCUCAUGUGCAGAGUUUACGUGGGCAGCAUAAGUUUCGAAUUAAAAGAGGACACUAUCAGGCAAGCCUUCUUGCCGUUCGGACCCAUCAAGUCUAUCAAUAUGUCUUGGGAUCCCGUGACGCAGAAGCACAAAGGUUUUGCCUUUGUCGAAUACGAGAUACCCGAGGCGGCACAGCUUGCAUUGGAGCAAAUGAACGGUGUCAUGAUUGGUGGACGCAACAUCAAGGUAGUUGGACGACCAUCGAACAUGCCCCAGGCACAGUCGGUGAUUGACGAGAUCACCGAGGAGAGCAAACACUACAAUCGCAUUUAUAUCGCAUCGAUCCACCAAGACCUAACGGAGGAGGACAUCAAAUCGGUCUUCGAGGCCUUCGGGCCAAUCACUUACUGCAAACUCGCCCAGGGCAGUUCCCCGCAUCGGCACAAGGGUUACGGUUUCAUCGAGUACGAGACUAUGCAGGCUGCCCUGGAGGCUAUCGCUUCGAUGAAUUUGUUCGAUCUUGGCGGCCAGUACCUGAGAGUGGGCAGAGCGAUAACACCGCCGAACGCUCUCAUGGGACCUCCCAGUGGCACGAGUAUGAUGCCUACCGCGGCGGCGGUCGCUGCCGCGGCAGCGACCGCUAAGAUCCAGGCUAUGGACGCGGUAGCGAGCAACGCGGUCGCACUGGGCCUGACAAAGCUGGGGGCUGCAGCGCCACCGAUAUUAAAUCAAGCUCUACCAAGUGUGGUACGACCGACCAUCGCGCCCGCGACGAUAAUGGCACCGCCAACGGUGGCAACGGUUGCGCCGGUGAUACCCCCUCCCGGUAUAGCCAUACCGCAGACUUUAACGCGACCGCCAGCCAUCAUACAGCCGAUUCCCGGACAGCCCGUUGUUAUACCACCUCCCGCCGUAGUUGCUCCCACGAUCGUCGGCACUCCAGUCAUACCAGUUACGACUGCGAGCUCCGACAUUAUGAGGCGAGCGCAAGAACAAGCGGCUCACCAAAAGCAACAGGAAGAAUUGCAAAAGAAAUUGUUAGAGGAAACGGAGCCGCAGACGUUGCAACAGCAGGAGAACAUGUCAAUUAAGGGCCAGAGCGCUCGUCACCUUGUGAUGCAGAAGCUCAUGCGUAAAGUUGAGUCUCGGGUCGUUAUCUUGAGGAACAUGGUAGCGCCGGAGGAUGUGGACGAGAGUUUGCAGGAAGAAAUUCAAGACGAAUGUUCCAAGUUCGGCGUGGUAGAGCGAGUUAUCAUUUAUAAUGAAAGACAGUCCGAGGACGACGAGAAUGCCGAAGUCAUUGUGAAGAUAUUUGUCGAAUUUUCACAAAUGAGCGAGGCAGAACGUGCAAGAGAUUCAUUGAACGGUCGUUAUUUCGGCGGACGAUUGGUUAAAGGGGAACUAUACGACCAGGCCUUGUUCGAUAAUAGCGACUUUUCCGGUUGAUGCGCAGAAUUCCGCUCUAAUUUGUCGUGUAUUAUGUUUCUUUCAACUUCAUAGGCAAGUUGUAUCACUUAAUGUUAACCGACAAUGUUAUAUAAAUGACACUUAAUGUUAACAAUUUAUGUGAGAGAUUUCGCUAUAUUCCAACCACUAUUUAUAACAAAAUCUUACAACGUAACAUUGAGCAAAACGGGCAGAAAGAUCAGACGUAUGCAAUAUUCACGGCUCUAAUCAAUUUUAAUAGUAACUGUCACAAAAUAUAAUAUGCAAUUUGGAUAGCAAAUCUGGAAUACAAGAUAGUAAAUUAAGUUGAAUUUAUACCGAUCUGAGAAUAACGUUCGUAUGCGUUUAAAUUUUGUUUCUACGAAACGGAAUUUUGUCGUGAUAGCGUUACUCGUUGUUCUACAUUGCAAUUAGUCGACUAAAAUUGUACACCAGGAUUACGAUUUCUCAAAGAAUAAACAUUUCAUACACUUACCCGUUAAUAGUAUGACACACACAUCAUUGUUAUAAUUUUAAUAUUAAUUCUUAACUGGAACGGCGGGAAUAUUUCGUGUGAGAUAUCGGAAUGAUAUAUUGCAAUCACACAUCUGUAAAGCAAUUUGUAAUACGUUAUUAACAAUAACAUUAAGUUUAUUGUAGUAUAAACGGGCUCUAUAUGUAUUUAAAAUAAGAAGAAAGCAAAUUUAAUGAAUGUCAGCACGAGGAAAAACCUACGAGUGCAUGAACACUUUUACUAACUUAGUUUUUUCAACUAUAGACUUGCGUAGCGCUGUGGUGGUUUAACUGAAAGAUUUUUCUGCUCAAGGUUUCUUAUUAAGAUAGUAGCUGCGACUGUUUUUGUUUAAUAACGUUCGAAGCAGGAAAAAGAUUGCUAAGAAUUCUUGCAUUAUAUUUUCAAAGAAAAAAAGGGAGAGGGGUCCAUAUGACAUUUGUAAAAUUGUCCGAACACUUUUAUUCGAACGAUCAAUAGUCGCAAAAUUAACGUGAAGCCUUUCCUUCUCGUGAUUUUGUCAAUUUUGUUAAUUUUAUCGAUUGUUCGAGCAAAAGAAGUAUUCGAACACUUUUCGAAGAUGUGCUGAAUCGAUUUCAAAUGUUUAUUUUGAGGGUAUAAUUUUUUUAUUUGAACAUAUAACAAAAAUGCUUGACAUGUUUUCUCGCUUUUAACAUCAAUAAACAAAGAUAUAAUCGUAGGGACUCAAGAACCUCGUUCUACUAUUCGUCAUUCUUCGCGAAUAUCGAUUUGCAACGCAUCGUAGAAUGUCCUUCUAACUCGUAAGGUGGGAGCAAACGGUGACCCCACAGCUUCGUUUAUUUUACAACGUGCGCACGCUGUGUCCCUUCUUAAGGAAUGUUUCAUGUUAUUAUUUACUUCUCUUAUCUAUUUUGUUAUAUUGAUUACGUGAAAAAAGGAACAAAACAACACGGAUCCAAUCCCACUUUUCUGAAUACAUUGAAAACCCAUCUUGUCGUUAGAGAGUUAAGAGAUAUUAUUUAGGAUCUCUCUCUCCCCCCUCUCCCUCUCUUUGGAUCUUCACACUGCUCCAGUUAAGGAUUGAUUAAUAUUAAUUGUAUAUGGAAAACGAUACAGCUUAAUUUACAUAGGUGUAUAAAAACAUUAAUAAAUCGUUUUACAGUAGUCA